AUGUGUUGUUCGGCCCACACAUGUACAGAAGCUCUAGGUUUGUCAGCUGAGGCGGAAGUUUGUGCUCUUGACGGAGAUGGCCGAUCGGCACUGGAUUGGGCAGAGUCGCGCGGGCGUGGACACGUUGUCCAAGCUUUGCAGCGCCAUGAGCGUUUGCACCGCUUGCUGGAUGAGCAGCGUGCUGCGUCACAAGCUGAUAUGAGCACGAAGUUGUUCACAGCAGAAGCGCGACUCGCACAGCUGGGAACAGAGUUGGCAGCCACUUCCAGGAAUUCAGGAUCGCGGCAGCCAGCAGAGCAGCUUGCACCCCUCCCGGACACAGGUGUUGAAGAAAUGGUGGAAAGUUUACAGCAGCAAAACGCAUUGUUGGAACAACGAGAGCUAGAACGUGUGGACCUUGAACAACGCUUGAAAAUCUGCGAGCAAGAGGAGCACAGUUGUAAGGAUGCUUUGGUGCGGGAAAGGGAGCUGCAGCAGCAUCAUGGAGGUAGUCUUCGAGCAGAGCUGGAAUACGAAAAGAAGCAGUUCGACAUGUGGCGUGAAGAACACGCGUCCGGAUUGACAAGGGCAGAAGAAGAAGUUCAGCAGCGUGAAGCCACGUGGCACCGGGAACGAUUGCAGUGCGAAGAGGCCGAACAGCGCCUGAGAGAGCGUGAGACGAUGGAGCAGCAGCGCAACGAUGUUGCGCAACGUGCGAUCCAGAAAUUGGAGCAGGAAGUGGCUGCGGCAGAGGACAGGGCAGAACUUCUGCAAAAGGAAGUCGUCGCCGCAGAGGAGGAGGCACGCCAAGCGCAGGCACGUGCUGCGGCAGCUUCCCGUGCGUGGGAUGGCGUACUCUGGCACUUGAUUGGCUCUUCCGAGCUCCAGGUCAUGACGAGCUCAUGGACGUUGGGCACGAAAGGAGGUCUGGAUGCUCAAUCGCUUGCAGGUCCCACGUGGGAGGCCCAAAAGCGGGCCUACGAGGAAGUCUCCGGGAGCCUGAGAAGAGUGUCCAGUGAGGCUGGCCGAGCGAAAUCGAAGUACGUGACUCCCUGGAAGUUGGGCCACAGGACUGGGACUGCUGCCAGCUUGAUUCGAAUUGUUGCAGCAGAUGGGUUUGCCUAUGUGGUCUGCCUCUGGGGUCGUAACGCGGAGUACGUGCUGGGAGCAAUGGUGCUCGCCCAUUCGCUGAAGAGGUCCGGAACUCGUCAUGAUCUCGUUGCCCUUCACACGGAUGAUGUCCCGAAAGAGGCCGUUGAGCUGUUGCAGAAGGCAGGAUGGCACCCGCGCCAAGCAGCUUGA